CGGAGCUGUUCGCACCGGUGUGUGUUUGGACUUGACGGGGCUGUGAACGGAACCGAGCCGCGGGAGACACCGAUGCGCGCGCACGAGAGAGAGCUCGAGGAAAGAAACGUUGUCCGUCCGCUCCGCGUCAUUCAGAGGUAAAUGUUGAGGACAGCAACGACAUGUUACCUAAAUCCAGACGAGCUCUCACCAUUCAAGAGAUCGCAGCGCUGGCGAGAUCUUCACUUCACGGCAUCUCUCAGGUGGUCAAAGAUCAUGUGACGAAGCCCACAGCGAUGGCACAUGGCCGUCUGGCUCACCUGAUCGAGUGGAAGGGCUGGUGUAAACCCAGCGACACACCCAUCGCCCUCCAGUCCCACCUCACGUCAUACUCUCAUCUGACCGAGGGCGAGCAGGAGGCACGAUUCGCUGCAGGAGUGGCAGAGCAGUUUGCCAUCGCAGAGGCAAAGCUUCGUGCCUGGUCUUCAGUGGAUGGUGACGAGUCUAAUGACGAUUCUUAUGAUGAAGAUUUUCUGCCUGCAAACGAGUCUGUUACACAGAGCACAGAUCUGUCCACGUACCCUCAUUACCUGCGGGAUCUCCUGCAUAAUCAGGUGUGUCAGGCUCACCUGCGGGGGCGUGGCCUGUGUGAGGCAGAGAGCGGCGUGGGUGCUGACCUUUCACCUCCCUCGGGGUCGCCGUCGGACACGCUCUGCUCCAGCAUGUGCAGUUUGGACGAGAGACACCCGUUGAUUCGGGAUCUCAGGCGUCACGCGGACGCAGACCUCACCGCCAAGAUCCUCGGUGUUCUUCAGGGAGGGGAGGAGCUACUGUUAGCCCGCCUACACAGGGCGGGGCACAGGCGAGGCCACUCCCCCUGUUGCUUUGAAAUGUUUUCCGAGACAUUCGAAGACGAGGACAUGCCUUGUAAGGACUGUGGAGGCGGAGUUUGCCUCCCGCCGGAAUAUUCCGCGCACAGGAAGGAGUCCGACGUGGCUUCGUCCGGCGUGGUUUCACUCGACGAGGAAGAAGAGCGUGAAGAACCGUGACGCCUCUCAGCCAGGCUAGCAUGUUUAUUUCAGGCUCCGCCUACUAAUUUGCAUUCGGGCUCCGCCUGUUGAUUUGCAUUUUUGGACCCCGCCCACUUGUUUGCAUUUUGGGCGCUAUGUUGCUCUCGUUUUAAUUUUGUAUUUUCAAAAACACUGAAACUUUCAUUCUCAGGCUCACGUAAAAAAACAACAAAAAAAACCAUUUUGACGAACUAAACUGAGGAACGCAAGACUGACGUCGACCUCAUUAUCACGCAUGUGUCGCGAGUCCCGAACUGAACGUGAAGUCAUAAGUGUUUGGAUCUGGACGUCCGGUCAUUUAGCACGGUUUGUGGAUUUGGCUGUUGUGUAACCCAACUCCUCGUGUGACGUCAGGCCCCAUUGCAUUCUGGGUCUUGAUCACAUGAUGCCUGUUCCCUGGUUGGCAUGGCUUGCUGAUUACGUCAAAACUUUACGAAGUGACGUGUGAAUACCGAAUGUUUAUAAUGUAACGUUUCAAUACCGCGUAAGAAUACUGACGAUCAAGUUAUGCUGUUUUUCUAUUAUUAUUAUUAUUAUUAUUAUUAUUAUUCAUAUUAUACAUUUUGAUUAUAUGGUUUGUUAAAUGGAAUGUUUUAAAGCAUUAUCGUCCUCGGACGAACGCGAUGAAUGUUUAAGAGUUGCUUCAGUGUUGUUGAAUUGUAAAUGUGGGUCAGUUUGAAGAACUUUCGGAGAGUUGCUCUAUUUUUGUAUCGUGUGGUUUUUGCAGUGAAUUUGGAGUAACGCCGAGGUUUGUUCACAAGAUGCUUGUUUAUUGCUUUCUCUUUCUCUUUCUGUCUCUGAAUUAUCACUGUGUGAUAUUGUCUACAUCAGGAAAAAAUAAUACUAAUGUCAAAAUGAAA